AUGAAAUAUCUACUACAUCUACUAAUAAUCAUAAUCUUCUUGUUCACCCUAGUCUUAGCAAUAUACAGGUCUCUUGGUUAGAACUGGUGUGAAUCCAGCCUAAAUUCAGACCAUAUGGAAAUGCCACAGAACCAAUCAGCCAUCUAUGAGUUUAUCUUGGUGGGCUUAUCCAACUCUCAUGAACAUGAGAUGACCAUCUUCGUGGGAUUCACUUUUGUUUACGCAGCUGCUUUGGGAUUCAACCUCCUCUUCAUCUUCACUAUAGGGACUUGCAGCAAGCUCCACACCCCAAUGUAUUUCUUGCUCAUCAAUUUGUCCCUAGCAAACAUGCUCUGUAUCUCAGUGACCAUCCCCAAUAUGCUGCAGGCUACACUGGCUCACAGGAAGACCAUCUCCUUUUUUGGCUGCAUGGCACAGGUAUACUUUUUAUUAUGGGCUUUGGGGACAGAGCUCUUGCUCCUCUCAUUUAUGGCCUUUGAUCGCUAUGCUGCUAUCUGCCACCCUUUGCAGUACACAGUUAUUAUGAGGAAGGAAGUGUGCAUUGCAGUGGUGGCUGGAGUGUGGGUGGCUGGAAUUAUUAAUUCUGCAGUCCAUGUGGGGCUUCUGCUGCGGCUUUCCUUCUGUGACUCUAACAUCAUCAACCAUUUCUUCUGUGACUUGCCUCCACUGCUGGUACUCUCUUGCUCAGAUGUUAGUCUCAAUGAAAUCAUGUCUUAUGCCUCGGAUGCAGUCUUCUCCAUGGGUAGCUGUAUGCUGACAUUAGCCUCAUACUCAUUCAUUCUCACAACCAUACUUAGAAUACGAUCUUCAGAGGGGAAAAAGAAAGCCUUUUCCACUUGUUCUUCCCACCUCCUGGUGGUCAGCUUUUACUUUUCCACCAUAAUCUACACAUACAUCAGGCCCACCUCAGUCUACUCUCAAGAAGAAGACAAAGUGAUUGCUAUUCUUUAUUCAGCGGUGACACCUCUGCUCAAUCCUAUCAUAUAUUCUCUAAGAAAUAAAGAAGUUAAGGAGGCACUGAAGAAACUCUUAAGUAGAUCCAUGCUAAGAAUCAAUGUAAGGUAG